AUGGCUGAAACUUCUCCAUUGUUUAAACACGACGAUUAUACUGUAGGGUGGAUAUGUGCUUUGCCCCAGACCGAGCUAGUGGUCGCAGGAGCGAUGUUGGAUGAAGAACAUCCAGUACUAUCUGCUGCAGAUCCUGGAGACACAAAUGUCUAUCUUCUAGGCAAGAUCGGAUCGCAUAAUGUUGUGAUUGCUUGUUUGCCUGCCGAAAAUACAGGCAAGGUAUCGGCUGCGAUAGUAGCGAAAGAUUUGCUUCGCAGCUUCAAAACAAUUAGGUUUGGUCUAAUGGUUGGUGUUGGUGGUGGAGCACCGUCUUGUAUCGAAGCAGACUUGAAUGCUGGGAAAGGUUCCGAAGAUGAAGAUGAAGACGAAGACGAUGAUGAAGAUGAAGAAGAAGUCGAGGAAAAGGGAGACAUCAGACUCGGAGAUGUUGGAGGGGAAUUCUUUCAGACGGGAACGUUGAACAAACCACCGAGUAUUUUGCUCAAUGCAAUUGGCAUGCUUCAGGAGCAAUGCGUACGAAAAGGUGGCCAUAAUCUUUCAGAACAUCUUACGGAAAUGGUGUCUGCCAAUCCGGGUUUGGCCCGCAAGUUUGAGUACCAAGGAUCCGAGAAAGACCGGCUUUUCAAGCAAAAUAUUAAUCAUGUUAAUGGAAAGAAGUCAUGUAAGGCUUGCUGUGGCCCGGCUGAUGUCAAUCUUGUUAAAAGAGUUCAACGGCAUAACACAUCCCCGGUGCUACAUUAUGGAACUAUUGGAUCAGCGGAUCAGGUAAUGAAGGACUCGAUGUUGAGAGAUUUGUGGGCGAAGGAGAAGAACAUUAUAUGCUUCGAAAUGGAAGCUGCAGGCUUAAUGGACACAUUUCCAUGUAUAGUUAUUCGAGGAAUUUGUGAUUAUGCCGACUCUCAUAAGAACAAAAUAUGGCAACCAUACGCUGCAGCAACUGCGGCAGCAUAUGCGAAGGAACUUCUGAGAGUCAUACCGGGACAAGCUGUGAUGAACAUGUCCCCAAUCGAACUUGUUACGGACAAGAUUGUACAACAACUCAAACAAUGGCGACGAACAGAUGAGGAAGAACAAUGCCUUCAAUCAUUUCGGACUUCAAACUAUGAGACCCAAAAGAACUUAAAUCCAAAACGAGAAAAAGACACAUGUCUUUGGUGCUUGGAAGAUCCAAAAUUUCUCGACUGGAGAGAUAAAACAACAUCCCGCUUGCUAUGGGUAACUGCUGAUCCCGGCUGUGGUAAAUCGGUACUAUCGAAGGCACUUGUUGAUGAACGUCUACUUGAACAGGAAUUGAAUGGAACAGUUAUUUGCUAUUUCUUUUUCAAAGAUACAUCUGAAGAGCAACGAAGCCUUGCAAGUGCAUUGUCGGCUUUGUUACAUCAGCUCUUCACUUCAGAAAAAGGAGCAAAGUUGAUCAAACAUGCCAUGCCUUCUUUCCGAGAGAAUAGGACGCUUCUUUCUAAAAACUUGGAAGUUCUAUGGAGGAUUGUCCAAAAUAUUGCAAUGGAUCCCGAGUGUGGAAAGAUUGUUUUUUUAAUUGAUGCUCUGGAUGAAUGCGAAUACACAUCUCAAGAGAAUCUCAUCAUAAAACUCAAGGGGUUCGAGAAACUUCAAACGCCCAAUAAACUUUCAAAGAACGAUUUUCAAUUCUUGGUAACUAGUCGGCCAUACUGGGAUAUAGAGUAUGAAUUUCGAGAAUUGAUCAGCGACAUCCCUAGUAUACGACUUGAAGGGGAGAAGCAUCUGGAUAAAAUCUGUCUAGAGAUUGAUCGCGUUAUUGAAGCUCGAGUGGACCAGAUGUCUAAAAAUGAGGUUAUAGCGAGUGUAAAAGCUCGUGAUCUGCUGCUGGAAGGCCUAUCAAAAGUGAAUAAUCGGACUUAUCUAUGGUUACACCUCAUUUUUGAAAGUAUGAAAUCCGAACCAAGAAUCGAUAUCAAGAAAGUGAAUACUCUUUUGAGAGAAUUGCCAGGAACUAUACAAGAGGCUUAUGAGGGUAUCUUAAAGAGGAGCAAAAACCCCAAAGAUGCUAAGAGAUUAUUGCAUAUCAUUACAGGAGCAACAAGGGCACUUUCUUUAAAAGAAAUGGAAGUGGCCUUAUAUAUCACGAAUGAAAUACACAGGUAUCAGGAUCUUGAGAUUCAAAAGGUUGAACAGUUCAAGAUAACCAUUCGAGACCUCUGUGGUUUAUUUGUCAAUAUUGUUGACGAAAAGGUUUUCUUAAUUCAUCAGACUGCAAAGGAAUAUCUUGUUCGAAACUCAAAUACAACAACAUCGAUAUGCGGAUCUUGGAAGCACUCACUGGAAGCAAAGGUUUCAAAUCUUAUUUUGGCAAAAUGUUGUUUGUGGUAUCUAUCGUUCAAUGAGUUUAAGAUAUUACCCCCACCAAAAGAUGAGUCUGAGAUAGAUCAAUAUCUCACAGAAAAUUACUUUCUAGACUAUUCGGCACAAAAUUGGUUUGUGCAUUUUAGGAAAGCUGAGGACAUAAACCAAAAUGAUAAGGAAUUGGGUUUGAUUAGCUGCAACGUUAACUCAAAUUGUUUCUUGUUAUGGUUUUCAAUCUAUUGGGAACAAAAUGAAUAUGGAGAUAGGCCUAUAUGGAAGGAUAAUGUGUUUCCGAUAGCAUACUUUGGACUCGAUAGUUUGAUGUCAAUAUUGCUAGAUAAGUCGGUGAAGCUUGAUUCAAGAGAUUCAACUGAUACAACGCCAUUCUUGUGGUCAGUGGAACGUGGUACUGAAGCGGUGGUGAAACUAUUGCUGGAUGCGAAAGCUGAUGUGAAUACACAAGGGGGUCUUUUUGGAAAUGCACUUCAGGCAGCUUCUGCAGGAGGACACGAGAUAGUGAUGAAGCUAUUACUGGAUGCGAAAGCUGAUGUGAAUACACAAGGGGGUUUUUAUGGCAAUGCACUUCAAACAGCUUCUGCAGGAGGAGAUAAGGCGAUGGUGAAACUAUUACUGAAUGCAAAAGCUGAUAUAAAUGCGCAAGGGGGUUAUUAUGGCAAUGCACUUCAAGCAGCUUCUGCAAUAGGACACGAGGCGGUAGUGAAACUAUUGUUAAAUGCGAAAGCUGAUGUAAAUGCGCAAGGGGGUCGUUAUCGCAAUGCACUUCAAGCAGCUUCUUAUAAAGGACACGAGGCGGUGGUGAAGCUAUUGUUGAAUGCGAAAGCUGAUGUAAAUGCGCAAGGGGGUCGUUAUCGCAAUGCACUUCAAGCAGCUUCUGAUAGAGGACACGAUGCGGUGGUGAAGCUGUUGCUGAAUGUGAAAGCUGAAGAGGGUGAUUAUGGCAAUGCACUUCUAAUAGCUUCUAGAAGAGGGCACAAGGCGGUGGUGAAGCUGUUGCUGGAUGCGAUAGCUGAAGGGGGUGAUUUUGACAAUAUACUUCAAGUAGCUUCUGAUAGAGGACACGAUGUGGUGGUGAAGCUGUUGCUGAAUAGGCGAAGUCGAGAUUGA